CUCUGUUUUCCCUUAGUCCUUCAGAUCAAACUACCAACUUCUUAUCAUGACUCAACAACCAAUCAGCCUCCCUGCCAAGCUCAUCAAUGGUGGAGUUGCUGGAUUAGUGGGUGUUACCUGUGUGUUCCCCAUAGAUCUAGCCAAAACAAGGCUACAGAACCAAAGAGGCACCCAACGAGUCUACAAAAAUAUGAUGGACUGUCUGAUAAAAACUGUUCGUUCUGAGGGCUACUUUGGGAUGUACAGAGGUGCAGCAGUCAACCUGACACUAGUGACCCCUGAGAAGGCCAUCAAACUGGCUGCCAACGACUUCUUCCGUCAGCGGCUCAGCAGAGGAGAACUCAAGCUGAGCAUGUUUCAGGAGAUGCUGGCUGGCUGUGGGGCAGGGAUGUGUCAGGUUAUUAUCACAACCCCUAUGGAAAUGCUCAAGAUCCAGCUUCAGGAUGCAGGUCGACUUGUGGCCCAGCAAAGGCAGCUAGCCAUGCUCCACACUGUUAAACUUGGAGGGGCCAGCCAAGUCCUGAACUGCUCGUACAGUGUAGGUCCUUUGUCUUCAAACAGGAAAGUGUCGGCCAUUCAGAUCACCCAGGAACUACUUCGCACAAAGGGCAUCCAAGGACUUUAUAAAGGACUAGGAGCAACUCUCAUGAGGGACAUCCCUUUCUCUGUGGUUUACUUUCCACUCUUUGCACACCUCAACCAACUGGGCAAGUUAUCUGAGGAUGAGAAUGCGCCAUUUUAUUGGACCUUUAUUUCAGGCUGUGUAGCUGGAUGUACAGCGGCUGUGGCAGUCAGCCCUUGUGACGUGGUGAAAACCAGGCUGCAGUUGCUCAAUAAAAGUGCAAACGAAGACACCUACAAUGGUGUGACAGACUGUAUCAGAAAGAUCAUGCGGAAAGAAGGGCCGACUGCUUUCCUGAAGGGUGCCAGCUGCAGGGCGCUGGUCAUUGCUCCACUCUUUGGAAUUGCUCAAGUGGUUUACUUUGUUGGCGUUGGAGAGUUCCUCUUGGGACAAACCCCAUUCAACCUUUACUCUGUCUAAUAACCUUCAUAGUAUGAAACCAUCUGAAUUAAACUUAAAAGACCAAGGCAGCCAUGAUGCGACUAAGUAUCUGAGAACAAGCGUGUUUUGGAAAAGACUGUGAAUAGCUUUGAGUUUAAGUGGGAAAACAUUACAAUAAGAGUGUAUUUGUUAACAGUAGUUCAUUAUAUUAGCUAACAAUGAACAAUAAUUUUCAUCACUUGGUAAAUGUUCAUUUCAACAUAUACUUAAAUUUGCAAAAACAAAAUUGAAUACCAUAUGUUAUCAGUAGUAAAUACAUGAUGAACUACAUGAAUUACAAUGAAACAGUUGUUUUCUUAUAAAUUAACAUUAAUCAAGAUUAAUAAAUGCUGUAAAAUAAUAUUGUUCAUUGUAAGUUCAUGAUACUAUUGCAUUUACUAAUGUUAACUAAUGGAACCUUAUUGUAAAGUGAUACUGUUUAAGUUUAAUGUAUUUACAUGCAAACUUUAGUAUGUUCUACUGGCUUAUUCAGGAAGCUAUAACAACAUUGCACAUGGUUACAUUUAUUUUUCUGUUGAAAAUGUAUGUCCAUAGAGGAUCAGGUUUACCCUCAGUGAGGGUUGAUUUGUAAACAUACAAUCAUGAUUCAUGUGCUAAGAGAUCCAGAAAAUCUUCUACAUUUUUGGACAUUUUCACACUCAUGUCCUUCAUUAACUGUUCUGUGCAAUCAUUCUUGAGACAUUUUGUAAAUCUAUUUUUUGAUGUUUGCCACAAGGACCAUUACAACCUAAAAUCAGUCUAUCAAUUUAAAGUCAAUUUGUGUUUUGUUCUUAUUAAAAGGUGAAGUAUGUCAUUUCUGCACAUAUUAGUGGCACCAAAUGGAAUUACAAAUAUAAAACAAUCUGUACCACUACCCCUUAGAUUCGUCACGUCCUUUUACACUCUC